UUUUGAUUUUUUUUCUCAAAUUGCACAUUUAGCUGUCGAAGAAGCAGAUAAAGAAGGGAAGGCACUUUUGAGUGUUAUGGAUUUUGGAGGGCAGUGUGCCUACUACGCCUGUCAUCAAGUCUAUCUCAGCAGAAGAGCUUUCUAUCUACUGGUGAUAGAUAUGUCAAAGUCGUUUGAUGAGAAGGUUGACCCAGCGCUUUGUGAACAACAGGGGACUAUGUUUGCUGACUGGACAUAUGGUGAGUACAUCCUUUUUUGGCUGAAGUCUGUCCACACCUAUUGUGAAAGUAAUGCUCCAGUUGUCAUCAUAGGAACUCAUUUUGAAAAAGUAAAAGGCCAGAAUUCUGACACGUUCUACAACGAAAUACUGGAUCACCUGCAGUUCAACAAACAUUUGAAAGGACACUUGGAACGAAAGAGAUGUUUUGUGCUUGGUUUCCAUACAGAUGGUACACCUUUUUACGAUACACUUUCUGACUUAGAAAAGUGUAUUAUUGAAAUUGCGAGGGAAGAAAAAAUGGAAAGAAAACAUUCCAACCGACUGGGCUUUAUGUGAGGUUGUUUUUCGAGAAUUGAGAAAACAUGGGUCAAAAAUGAUAACAGUUAAAGAAUUAUCCAACAGAUGUUUCGGUGAAAAUGAAGCAAAGAGUGCGCAAAUCAAAGACGUCCUGAAAUUUUACCAUGAUAUUGGGGUCAUUCUAUACUUUAACGAGGGUGCACUUUCUGACACUGUAAUCCUUGAUAUCCAGUGGUUCAUUGAUUCAUUCAAAAACAUAAUUGCAGACCCAAAUCAUGUCAGGGAUGUUGCGGAAAACAGCCGUGAUUGGUUAGAUUUCUACAAAAGUGGUCAUAUCUUAGACACACUUUUGACCAACAUAUGGAGAUUGAAAAACUUCGAAUUGGAUUUCUGGAACAGAUACAAGCACAAAGAACAUCUUCUCCAAUAUAUGGAACGUCUUGGUUUAAUUGCUGUUGGUACAGUAGCUCAUUAUAUUCCCUGUACGAAUAAGCGCACAUUUGGAAGUGCCGAGGAAAACUAUUUUCACUCUUUGGAAUACAAAACGCCUGUGUUGGUCUUUCGAUUCGAAUUCUUGCCAUAUUUUAUUUACUUCCGCCUGAUCGUUUCCUGCUUGACAAGAACCAACAGAGAAUGGAGAGUUUUACAAGACAAUGGACUUUGCCUGUACAAAAAUGUUGCGUGUUUUGCAUAUAAGCAGCAUGCGGUUGCUUUGGCUGUGAACCCCUCCUCCGUACAACUUCAGGUUUAUCAUCCGACAAAUACUCCGGUUACCAAAACAGUUGCAUUGGAAGUUCGUAACAUUAUCACACAUUUAUUGAAUGAUUUGCUCGAGAAUUUUCACAAAAAAAUCGACAUGUACACUGUUGGAUUCCAAUGUUCAAAGCAGGAAGUAUUUUACGAACAUGAUGAUUGCUUUGUUGAAGAAGAAGAGUUGUUAAAGAAGGGGACUAUGCUGUGUCCAAAACAUGAACUGAAUAACAGCCACAUUUUACGUGAAUCAAAUCUGCUAUUUUACUGGAAUCU